ACGUGAUCAGACAUCGAAGGACGACAGGAACGUUUAAAAAUAAUGAUAGAUAAUGAUAUCUUACGGCCGGACGAAUGCUGCCGCUUAAAUAUAUGGCAUGCUGGUAAAAUUGCAGUACAGCAACGAAAGCAACAGUAUCAUCAUUAUUGUCGUUGAUUUAGGUUAUGUAACAGUACAUAGACUUUUUUUCUUCCCCUUCAUAUACGACGGAGUUGAUGUAUGUACAUACAAUCUCUUAUCUCUUUGUCAGUCACUCUGGCGUUCAAUCUUACGAAAACAAUCCUCCGUGAAGAACAUAUUGAGAUAAUUCUAGUCAAUUGUCAUCAUGUUUCGCAGAGUUUAUUGCUGUAAAAAUUUGGCCAAUGUAGCGUUUUUAUCAACAGAAACAGCGACAGUGGCAAAGCAACAAACGUCGAUUCAAAAAUUCAGAGAACGACUGAAGAACGACACAAGUCGCAGUAUAUUGACUGAUACUUUUGGAAGACAUCACACUUACCUCAGAAUAUCGCUAACUGAACGUUGUAACUUGAGAUGCACAUACUGCAUGCCAGCCGAGGGUGUUUCAUUGACGAAGAGAGACGGCAUUUUAACUACGGACGAAAUUGUCCACAUUGCAAGUCUUUUUGUCAAGGAAGGUGUCCAAAAAAUACGUCUUACUGGGGGCGAGCCUACAGUUCGGAAGGAUUUAGUAGAAAUAGUUGGUCGUCUGAAAGAGUUAGAUGGCUUGGAACAAGUAGCGAUAACGACAAACGGGUUGACAUUAACGCGGCAGCUUCCUACGCUGCAAAGAGCCGGUCUUGACGGACUUAACAUUUCCUUAGACACUCUGAAAGAAGAACGUUUUGAAAAGUUCACUAGAAGAAAAGGAUGGCCUAGAGUUAUGGCAGCUAUUGACUUAGCCGUCCAGCUAGGAUACGAUCCAGUCAAAAUAAACUGUGUUAUCAUGAAGAAUUACAACGACGACGAGCUGGUCGAUUUUGUCACAUUUACCAAGGACAGACCUAUAGAUGUACGCUUCAUUGAAUACAUGCCAUUUUCAGGCAAUAAAUGGCAGGAGAAUAAAAUGGUUUCGUUUAAAAAUAUGAAGGAAAUUAUAAGAAGAGUGUACCCUGGGUUUAGGGCUCUUGAAAAUGGUCCCAAUGAUACAUCGAAGGCAUACAAAGUACCUGGAUUUGUGGGUCAGGUGGGUUUCAUUACAUCGAUGAGUGAGCAUUUUUGCAGCUCGUGUAACCGAUUACGCAUUACUGCAGAUGGUAACUUGAAAGUGUGUCUAUUUGAAGGAAAGGGCGAAGUUUCAUUGAGAGAUGCAAUUAGGAGCGGAGCUUCUGAAGAAUAUUUACGGGAAAUUAUUAGCGGGGCAGUUUUGAGAAAAAAGAAACAACACGCAGAUCACCUUGAAGACCACGUGUAUUCGAAGAGGCAUAAUAAUCGCAAUUGGAGUUCAAAGUACAAGGGCAUUAUCCGCGCGAGAGAGAGAGGUGCAACAAAACUUUCUGUAAUUCGACGAUUUUCCACACUGACUCAUGUGGAUAGAAAAAGCGGAAAAGCCAGUAUGGUGGAUGUGGGUGAAAAACAAAUUAGCAAACGCACGGCCAAAGCUAAAGGAUCAAUUUGUGUGGGGGAAACUAUUUGCAGAUUAAUAAAAGAGAAUAAUUUGCAAAAGGGAGAUGUUUUGACAGUCGCACAAUUGGCAGGAAUAAUGGCUGCUAAACGCACUUCAGAUUUGAUACCUCUCUGUCAUCCGUUAGCUUUGAAUUACGUCGAUGUGCGUCUGACAUUGAACGAGACGCUGAACGUAGUAGAAAUUGAGUCGGAAGUACGAUGUACGGGAAAAACGGGAGUUGAAAUGGAGGCAUUAACGGCUGUCAGUGUGGCUGCACUAACGAUAUAUGACAUGUGCAAGUCUGUAACUCCCCGUUAUUCUAUGGUUAUAUCUGAUAUUUGCCUCCUUUCAAAAACUGGAGGAAGUAAAGGUAAUUUUAACAGAAAAGAUCUCGAAAUCGAUGAAUCAAAUUGAACUAUUUAAACCGAUUGAAUAAAAUCAAUAUCCUCCUGU